AUGGCGGACUCAGGCUCCGGCGCGCAAGCGCCCCCAACUGAGCAGCUGGAGAAGCUGCUCCUCGACGAGGUCACCGGCGAAAAGGUGUCCAAGUCCGAGCUCAAGCGCCGACAGAAGCAGCGCCAGAAGGAGGAGGAAAAGAAGAAGAAGGCCGCCGCGGCGCCGCCCAAGGCCCCCUCCAAGAAGAUCAACAACGAGGACCUGAACCCGAACCAGUUCUACGAGAUGCGAUGCCGCGAGAUCCAGGGCCUGCUCAACUCGUCCGAGCCCAGCGACAACCCGUACCCCCACAAGUUCGAGGUCAACUACGACCCCUACAACUUCGAGAAGGAGUUUGGCCACCUCAAGUCUGGCGAGACCGAGCAGGCCAAGGAGAUCCGCCUCGCGGGCAGGAUAUUCACCAAGCGCGCGUCCGGCUCCAAGCUCGUCUUCUACGACAUCCGCACCGGCGCCGACUCCAAGACUCUCGGUUCCAAGAUGCAGGUCAUGUGCCAGGCCCAGUACGCCAAGGAGGGCGGUGUUCCCUUCGAGAAGCAGCACGAGCACUUGGCUCGCGGUGAUGUUAUCGGCAUCGUCGGUUUCCCCGGCCGCACUGCACCGAAGAGCAAGAUCGAGAAGGGCGAGGAGGGCGAGCUUUCGAUUUUCGCGACCGAGAUUGUCCUGCUGAGCCCGUCACUACAUCUCCUCCCCUCCGAGCGCUUCCCGUUCAAGGACGUCGAGCAGCGCUUCCGAGCCCGAUACCUCGACCUGCUGUUCAACGACUCGUCAAGAGAGGUUCUCUGGACGAGGAGCAGGAUGGUCAGCUAUAUCCGCAAGUUCUUCACUGACAGGGACUUCCUUGAGGUCGAGACGCCUAUGAUGACGGCCAUUGCUGGUGGUGCUACUGCGCUGCCCUUCAUCACCCACCACAACGACCUUGGUAUCGACAUGUUCAUGAGAAUCGCUCCUGAGCUCUACCUCAAGCAGCUUAUUGUCGGUGGUUUCAACAAGGUCUUUGAGCUAGGAAAGAACUUCCGAAAUGAGGGCAUCGAUCUCACCCAUAACCCCGAGUUCACCACUAUCGAAUUCUACGAGGCCUACGCCGACGUGUACGAUGUCAUGCGGACUACCGAGGAGCUGGUCAGCGGUCUCGUCAAGCACCUGACGGGCUCGUACAAGACGACCUUUACGACGCAGCACGGCGAGAAGUACGAGGUCAACUGGGAGGCGCCGUGGAAGCGCUUCGAGAUGAUCCCCGAGCUCGAGAAGCAGACGGGCAAGAAGUUCCCGCCGGGCGACCAGCUGCACACCGAGGAGACGAACCAGUUCCUCAGGGACCUGCUCAAGGAGAAGAACCUCGAGUGCACGCCGCCGCUGACCAACGCGCGCAUGCUGGACAAGCUCGUGGGCGAGUACAUCGAGGAGCAGUGCGUCAGCCCGGGCUUCAUCCUCAACCACCCGCAGAUGAUGAGCCCGCUGGCCAAGUACCAUCGCAGCAAGUCCGGCCUCUGCGAGCGCUUCGAGGCCUUCGUCUGCAAGAAGGAGAUCGCCAACGCCUACACCGAGCUGAACAACCCGUUCGACCAGCGCAUGCGCUUCGAGGAGCAGGCGCGCCAGAAGGCGCAGGGCGACGACGAGGCGCAGAUGGUCGACGAGGACUUUUGCCGCGCGCUCGAGUACGGCCUGCCCCCCACGGGCGGCUGGGGCCUGGGCAUCGACCGCCUGGCCAUGUUCAUCACGGACCGGUACGCCAUCCGCGAGGUCCAGACCUUCCCCUUCAUGCGGCCCGAGAAGCACGACGCCACCAAGCCCGGCGAGAAGCUGGCGGCCGAGGUGGUGGAUGUGCAGCCUAUGCCUGAGGAGGGUAUUCGUAAGUUUUGUUUUCCCCUGCGUUCAGAGGAGAUGAGCUUGUUGGGUAACGUUUGA